GCGGCGCUCCGCCCCGCUCACCACCUGCCGCGCCUCACGAGCCGUCGGUUGCCUCUUGCCUCACCCUCCAGCCCCGCCCCACCCCGCCCACCUCUUGCCACGCCCCGCGCGGCGCCGACCGCCUCCUGCCGUGCCCUGUUCAGCGGCUUCGGUGGCCCGGUCAGCGAGUACCUACCGGAUCUCACCGGAUCCGGUUGGAAAUGGUGCUCAGGGGAUGGAUCUGGAAGGAAGGAGGCCGAAGCUUGGAGCACGACGAGAGGAAGGCAACCUGCUUCCUCUGCAUCGAGGCUCUCUCCUCCCGCGCGAGCAUGGCCGGUGGUGCUUCCUCUGCAUCGAGGCUCUGUCCUCCCGCGCGAGCAUGGCCGGUGGCGGCCGGAUGGAGAUGUAUUUCCAAAUUUGUGGUCUCGUAGAUGAUGUGUCCCGUCUUCUGAUCGAGAUGAACGAGGCAUGGAAGAUCAGGCCGACCGUGGACCACACCCUGCUCCCCAAGGGCAAGGCUCAAGCCAAGUGAGUGCUCUCUCCGUCUGCAUGCCCUUCCACAAGUUUAUGAAUGUGUUUGCUUGGCUUGGGUGGUGAUAGUGUGGAGCCGGCGUACAUUUCUCUCUGGAGAUGGGGUUUUCUUUGUGUGUUUAGACCGUCUGGUGUUAGCUUAUGUAUUGGAAGCUUUUGCACGUGGUUGUAUGUAUGGACAGCUUAAUUUUGUCUGUUUAUGAAAUUUCUUAGAAGCUCGAUAGCAAUGUCAGUCUCUGUCAGCUUGCUUGCUACCAAUUGGUGUGUUAUGUAUUCUAUUGUAUUCAGUUUACGAUGAUAUGUGCUUAUUUCAGAUGUUUUACGAUGA